UACCUCGUCCACGGGCCCCAGAAGCGUCCUCCCGUGGAACGUUCCCCGCUGGGCAUCCUCUUCUCGGUCGUGGCGUUCUCCUCGACGCUGCAGUCAUCUCGAAGAGUCCCUUCGCGAAGGUAACGCGCGAGUGUCAGCUAUCUUGUGGAUCAACUGCUGUAGUGAACGGUUUAGUCGAAGAAGAAGACAGGAUGAAAUCGAUCGGGAGACUCGUUUGCCUUGUAUGGGUGGCUGCGCUCGGAGCCUGUGUCUUCGGGCUCCAACGGCCACCACCCAGGUACUCGCAACAGUACAUGCCGGAAACUUCCUUCACUUGUCGCAAUAAGAUCGUAGGAAGCUAUUACGCCGACCCAGAGACUGACUGCCAAGUCUUUCACGUCUGUGUGUCCGUGUCCGGCACUAUUCAGGAUUACAAGUUCUUGUGUCCCAACGACACAGCGUUCGACCAAGAAAGUCAAACCUGCGCGGACUGGUACGACGUCGACUGCGAGGCGGCUACUCUGUACUACGCCAGCGAUAAUUUUGACCUGUACAGAUUAGGAUCCGGCCUGGAGUCGCUUCAUUACGAUAGCAUACGCAGCGACGCCGAGCCCCAAGACCAUCUUCAACGGUCUGAAACGAGUGACCCUGUUCGUUCGUCGGCCAACACUCUCAACAGAGUGUCGUCGGGAAGCUUUAACGCCAACAGGGAUCUCCGAGGCAGCAGCAGUGGCAAUUUUUACAAUAAUAGAAACGGCAAGGAUGAGGAUUAUGAGAGCGAGAAAAGCUACAAGGACGAGAUUGCUCAAGAAAAAAAGAAGACCGGAGUGAGAAAGGUCAGCAGGAAGCAGCAGUACAAUGACAAUGGCAACAAUAAUUACGUAGCAUCCAGUACUGCUGUACCUGCCGCUGCUCCUGCUAAUCAGAAUACUUAUACCGGCUUCUAUAGUGGUAAUAAUUACAAUCAGCGAGCCAAUGGUUUCGUAUCGUCGACCAGUGCAAGGCCUCUAGAGAAUUUCAACAGGAAUCAACAAAAUACGCAGAGAUAUAACACGCCGUCUUCGACGUACAGGCCCAGCACCAAUUAUCAGAAUAAUUACAACUUCCAGUCUCCUAGCACGACGACCAAAACGACUAUUUACAACGCUUACAACACCAAUCCCAAUUACAAUCAACAAAAUACCGGUGGCUUCAGUCAGAGUACCACGGUGAAGCCGACUAGCUAUAAUAAGAAUUACAAUCAGAAUUAUAAUAACGGCGCUCAGUUCACGCAAUCCACAACCUUGCAACCUAGCACCAAUUACCAGCCAAACGAUUACACAAACUACCAGAGAAAUUACAAUAAUAUUCAACGUACAAAUAAUAACGUACCUUAUCAGUCUACCACUGCUACACCUACCGUCUACGAUAAUAAUUAUAAUAAUAACAACAAUAAUUACAAUAACAACAAUAAUAAUGGACAGUACAGAAGUAGUACAACCAUCAAACAGGAUAUCUCUCAACCAACCACUAAAUAUUUCCCUAGUUUUACAAGCAGCAGUUACGCCCCUACUACAUAUAGCCCAGCCACAAAGAAGUAUAUUCCUAAUGACAAUGCCCAGGCUCAAACAGCUGUGAGGACCAGCGAAAGCGGACAGUACUACGAAAAAUCUAACCAACCUAUCAAAAGUUCAUCUCAAUACUACGACAGCACCAAAGCACCAAAGAAAGCCACGCAAUACAACAAUUACGAUGGAACAAAUGGGAAAUACUAUACCGAAACCAGCACCGGAAAUUAUGAUCUAGCAAGGUCUUCGGUUGGAAUUGGUUUCAGUCCUGCUAGUAUCAAUCAUUUGGCUGAAACACCAAGGUCUACUACUCCAGUACCAAGGAGAAUUUCUACAGCCACCACGUACAAUCCCAACAAUUUCAACUCUAAUACCCAAAGAUCGCCACAAACACCAACAACUCCUAGGGAAAGUACUUAUGUUAGUGGAUCCGCCAGACCGUUUUCAUCCACGACGAGGUUACCUAGUACCACUACAACGCGACCAAAAUCUGGGAAAAAAAAUGACUACGACUAUGCCUAUUAUGAUAACACUGCUGGACUAGAAUACGAUAGUCUGGAUCUGGAACACGUAACCGGAAACAAGGAAUCAACGAAGAUCGCAAGGAAUUGAUUCUUUUUGCUUUAAUCGAAUCCUUUGAGAACACACAUCUAUGCCACACGAUUGAAUAGGUUCAAUUUCCGCGAAGCUACGGAACUUGCUGAAUUUAUGAAUAAUAGUGGCCAGUGUAUUUGUCAAAAUCGGCUUUCGAUGAUAGCAGAAGAAGAAUAUAUUGAAAACCGAUUUUGUUGUAAAGAGUAGAUCGCCUUAAGUAUAAUAUAAAUAGUGAUUUCUUAAAAUCUAAUAAUAACGAGUAUGUAUUUCGAUAGACCUGUUCUCUUUCUCUGAUUUGUUCUUACAGUAUUGUAGGCUAAAGAAUUAUGCGAGUGGAAAGUUCUUUUGCGUUAGAAAUUACUAUUUCUAAUUUAUCGAUUAUUCUGAAAUUAUUGUUGUUACUGAGAAAAUAUUAUCUUAUUAAUAACGCAAUUUUCUUAUCGAAAUUUGAUGUCUUUUGUACAUAUAAUGAAAGAUGGUUUAAAUCUAACGAUAAUGUCACUAUUCGCAUACUAAAAUCUGCGGACUGAGUGUAUAUAUUAUAUGUAUUUUAAU